AUGUUACUCAAGGAUGAAGCAAUAGUCUCGGCGCUUCCCAAGAGAAUUCCCAAACCAAUACGUCUUGAAGACUUAGAGAAGAUUGGUUUUCCUCCUCAGAUCAACCAGUUACCUCUCAACAUGCAUCCGUUUGUAAAUGGUCCUCCUAAACUUAUCAGACCUCCGCCCGGAUUUCCUUCGAACAUCAGGGUAAGUAUUGAUGAAAGAUUUCCUUGACCCCCUAUAGAAAUAGCAAUGGCCAAAACGGUUGGAAAAACACCAUGGGACCAUUGGUCCCAGAAAAUUUUGAGUUCCCAGAAAAUAUUUCCCUGGAAAGAAAGGAGAAAUUCCAAGGAAAAUUGUAGGCAAUAGAAAGAAUGUUACCUUCACUGGAAGAUGUGAGCUCAGAAAUGCAAUAUGAGCAGAAUAUGAGUUCAGAAAUGCAAUUAUAAGUGCAUCCAUUUUAAUAAUGCGAUAGUGUAUAAAUAAUUAGACCAUGGAUUGUAAAAUAACUGGAUAGGAAACUUCCUGACGUCACAGUUUAAACCUAGUUGCAAUCUGUGACGUCACGCGUAUUGCCAAAGUUCUCGGCAUUUUUGUUGUUUCGCUAUAUUUUCCACUUUAAAAGAGUAAUAUUGAAGCAUAAACUGGUCUAAUUGUUUUAAAAACAUGCCUAAGCCACGACAAAGUAUUCAAGUUUGUAAGAACGAUGCAACAAAAGUUGUAUGACAAAUAUAAUGCAUUUGUAGCCGCCAAUCUGGGACGCGUGAUUUUCAAAAUUUUCUGGGGCAGGUUCAAAGCUGGGUUAGCUUAACCCUAGGUUAACCUAAAAUUCAAAGCAAACUUCCUGACAGCUUGUCUAUAAAUUAUGUCCAUAUUUCUUCAGAGAUCUUGUCUGGAUCGAUAGCAGUUUACUUCUCUGCAGAAGUGCAGAAAUAUACAAACUAAAACAGGGGGUUAAAUUUUAACCCAGGGUUCGCGCUAACCCACCUUUGAACAACCGAGCCCAGGAGGAGCAAGGUUUUAAAAUGUUAGCAAAGUUUUUUUACUCAUUAACAUUUUUCCUUUUCAGACUCCAUAUCCACUGCAGUCGACUCCGUACAUGCAAUCCCCCAUUCCACCUGUUCCACAGAAUGUGACCAUGGCUCAGGCGCAUGCUCAAGCGAUGUACACCGCUAUGAUGAAUCAAAGAAUGGGGUUUCCACAACCUUUCCCCCGCACCCCACCCUCCCAACCUGUCCACUUCCCAAGACCUGUUUAUCAUUCUGACCCAGGUACACGUGUGGUCGUGUUUAAACCUGGUUCACACUGGCCAUGGACAACUUGCAUGUUAGACUAAAUUUUAAUCUAAGUAAAGAGAAGGGAAUCAAACACCACAGCUGAAAAGAACAUAGUGAAAUUAGUAAAAUUGCAAAAUUUGGUUGCGAAAUGUUGUAAAAUACAGAAAAUAUAGCCUUGCGGAGUUUGUAUAUUUUCAGUAUAUUUGUAUUACGUGCGGAAAUUGUUACUAUUUUCGGCUCAAAAAUGGUAACAAUUUCCGCACGUAAUACAAACAUACUGAAAAUAUGCAAACUUCGCAAGGCUAUAUUUUCUGUAUUUUACAAUAUUUCGUAACCAAAUUUUGCAAUUUUACUAAUUUUAAUAAGUUCUUUACGGGAAUUUACUUUUCUUUGCCCAAAUCAAAAAUUAGUCGAACAUGCAAGUUGUCUAUUUUGUCGGCGGUGUUUCUCCUCUUGACAAAUGUGAUCGAAUGAAUGAGAUGGAAAAGACUUAGAAUGGACCAUUUGCAUUAUAGACAAAAUUUUGAUCUAAACAAGUCUGGACAAAAAUUUCAUCACAGCUUGAAAGAGCAUCACAAAAUUAGUAAUAUUCCGGAGUUUCGUUGCGAAAUGUUGUAAAAUGCGGAUAAUAUAGCCUUGCGAAGUUUGCAGUUUUCAGUCAUUUUGUAUUACAAAUGGGAAAUUGAUAAUCAGUUUGAUCAUCUGAUUAUCAAUUUCCCAUUUGUAAUGCAAAAUGGCUGAAAAACGGCAAACUUCGCAAUGAUAUAUUUUCCGCAUUUUACAACAUUUCGCAACGAAACUUCGAAAUAUUACUAAUUUUGUGAUGCUCUUUCAAGCUGUGAUGAAAUUUUUGUCCAGACUUGUCUAGAUCAAAAUGUCUCUCAAAAGGGGAAAGGUCUAUUGGAGUUUGCCUUUACAACCGGGUAAAAAUCUUACAGCUUUGUCAACAAUGCACCCCUACUCAUAUAUUUGAAUUUCCUUUUAAAACCCUUAGGUCAUCUGAGACAGCGUGGCCCACCUAUGAACAUUCCACAUCAACAUGGUCGUUUCAUGACCCCACAACCACGCAACACGUGGAAUAACACGCGUGGUGGUCGCAACUAUGACAACCGUAGACGUCAGCAAAAUUACUCGGAGUCCCCAACUUUUAAAUAUGUUCCACAAUAUUAUGUGGGUAGCUACGAGGAUGACGAGGGUGAAUCAGGGACAUUGAUGACCGCGAAGGAGAAAGAUUGGAUAAUCAGGAUACAAUUGAUGCAGCUGACCAGUGAUAAACCGGAACUCGAUGAUUAUUAUUUUCAUGUAAGUCGAUGCACAACUUUCAUCAGACCCAUUUCCACUCAAGAAAAAUUUCCACGGACAGAACAUUUUCCGAAAAUGUCAUUGUUAAAAGUUGAAAAUUUUCAAUUUCAAAAUUUUUUUCCGACGGAAAAUUUGUCUCGGCCAAUCACAAAAUUUACAAAAUUUUCUUUCUGCGGAAAAUUUUCCUGAAUGGUAAUGGACCUUUACGGUGACGUUCAAACAUAUGAGAGGAUUUUGGGCAAUCUCACUCCAUAUAACUAAUUGUUAUAGGGAAUUGCAGAUGUAAAUUUGAGGUGGACUUUUUAUACAUUUAUGACAAAACCUCCAAAAAUACUUUCCAACAAAAUCUUGAUAUUUACCCAUAACCUAUACAUGACAGUACCUUAGUGUUUAUACAUGAACUUGUUGUUACAGUUCGACAACUGUCUCUCUGUAGCUCAGUUGGUUAGAGCUCGACAACUGUCUCUCUGUAGCUCAGUUGGUUAGAGCUCGACAACUGUUUCUCUGUAGCUCAGUUGGUUAGAGCUCGACAACUGUCUCUCUGUAGCUCAGUUGGUUAGAGCUCGACAACUGUCUCUCUGUAGCUCAGUUGGUUAGAGCUCGACAACUGUCUCUCUGUAGCUCAGUUGGUUAGAGAUCGACAACUGUCUCUCUGUAGCUCAGUUGGUUAGAGCUCGACAACUGUCUCUCUGUAGCUCAGUUGGUUAGAGCUCGACAACUGUCUCUCUGUAGCUCAGUUGGUUAGAGCUCGACAACUGUCUCUCUGUAGCUCAGUUGGUUAGAGCUCAACAACUGUCUCUCUGUAGCUCAGUUGGUUAGAGCUCAACAACUGUCUCUUUGUAGCUCAGUUGGUUAGAGCUCAACAACUGUCUCUCUGUAGCUCAGUUGGUUAGAGCUCAACAACUGUCUCUCUGUAGCUCAGUUGGUUAGAGCUCAACAACUGUCUCUCUGUAGCUCAGUUGGUUAGAGCUCGACAACUGUCUCUCUGUAGCUCAGUUGGUUAGAGCACUGCACGGGAAUCACAGGACCGCAGGUUCAAUUCCCGCCAGACGGUCGAUGCUCAGAAUCCAGAAUUUCUUCUUUCCGUAUUUAGACAUUCGAAAGGCGUCGUUUGGCUAAAGAAAGAUCUCGAAAUACAACUGGAGUGGAACUGGAGACAAACCAUACCAACAAAGAUAUUGAAAUGACGUUACCUCACGUGACCAAAGGGGACCAUAAUUACAAACCAAGUAAGGAAAUGGACAACUUGCAUAUUAGACUAAAUUUUAAUCUAAGUAAAGAGAAGGGAAUCAAACACCACAGCUAAAAAGAACAUGAUGAAAUUAGUAAAAUUGCAAAAGUAAAAUUUAAAAAGGUUACUAACUGUGUAAACUACAAAAUAAAUCUAAAACAAAGCAAGUAAUUUAAGAGUUUAGGUUCUGAACACUUUCAACAUUGAAAAAAAUCGCCUCGUAAUAAAACGAAACUUUUAACUUAAACAUACUGAACUUGUGGGUGAUCAGGUUUAGGUUUCUGCCAGUCAAAUAUAUUCCUCGGAAUCUAGGAAAUGUCAUGAGAGUUUAGAUUUAAAAAUGUUCAGGGUGUGUGACAUGCUGUCUUUCUUUCAUCUAGCAAAGUUUGAAGGAUCCCUCGGUCAGGUUUCCGUUGGCUCAGUCUUCCACCCUCGUGAAGUUGUUCAGGUUGGUGAUUCUGGAAAACCUAAAGGACCAGUAAGUAUCUUUAUUUAUAUACUGGAUAGCUCUAUCGGAUCUAAACUGUUCUUCCUAGAGGUCCAGUAAGGAUCAUCUCUUAUUGAUCAAGUGUUACUACAGGAGGAAACCUAAACUAAACUAACUUUAUUUAUACUGGAUAGCUCUAUCAGUUCUAAACUGUUCUUCCUAGAGGUCCAGUAAGGAUCAUCUCUUAUUGAUUCAGUGUUACUACAGGAGGAAACCUAAACUAAACUAACUUUAUUUAUACUGGAUAGCUCUAUCAGUUAUAAGCUAUUCUUCCUAGAGGUCCAGUAAGGAUCGUCUCUUAUUUUUUACUUUUUAUCCUAGGUUGGCUCAUUGAAGGAAACAAAAAAGAAAUAUCAAUUGCUGUUAACAAUUGAAAAGGUCAGUUCGCUGUCAAUUACUUCCGAAGAAAAAAAUUCAAAAUGGAACUUUGUCCGUUUGGAAUUCGGGUUUUAUAUCGCGUGAGUUUAAAAGAACGUAUUUAUUAAUUUUAGGGAUUUGAUCAAAUACUCCCAAUAGAAGACCUGGAACGCAUGGCCCUUCAAGUACCACAUGACAUUCGGUAAGUUACGAGAAGAAGAGAUGUGGACCAGGGGCUGGUCAUUGUUCGCAAGCACUGCAAGCUGAUCAACUUAACCCAAGGUUAACGUAAAAUUCAAAGCAAAUUUCCCAAGAGCUUGUUUAUAAAUUUGGAACUAUUUCUUCGGAAGUCUUGUCUGUAGGAGUUGUGAUGUUUUGAAAUAAACAGACGUGCAGAAAUGCAUAAACUAAAACAUGGUUUAGCGUUGAUCCAGGUUUGAACAACCGACUCAGGCCAAGAUGAUCUAUUUCCCUUCCUUGCAACAAAUUUGCAGAAUUACUGAAUAGAAUUGUUCUACCUUUAGACCACAACUACGUGAGAGGCGGGAGAGAUUAUGUCAACGUUGUUUUGAUUUGCUGAAUUUAAAACCUCAAAAAGAUUCUAAUAAAAAGUAAGUGUUAUUACGUUUUCCUGUAGUAUUAACCGAAUAGAUCAAUAAGAGAUGAUCUGAUCCCUACUGGACCUCUAGGAGGAACAGUUUAGAAUUGAUAGAGCUAUCCAGUAUAAAUAAAGUUAGUUUAGUUUAGGUUUCCUCCUGUAGUAAAGCUGGAUCAAUAAGCGAUGAUCCUUACUGGACCUCUAGGAAGAACAGUUUAGAAUUGAUAGAGUUAUCCAGUAUAAAUAAAGUUAGUUUAAUUUAGGUUUCCUCCUGUAGUUACACUGGAUCAAUAAGAGAAGAUCCUUACUGGACCUCUAGGAAGAACAGUUUAGAAUUGAAAUCUGCUGUGUUGGUGUAAUGUACUCAGGUGAAUAAGAUGUUUGUGUGAUGUUACUCUGAGUGUAUAUCCACACCGGGCAGGCUUGAAAAAUAUGCUUGGCCACGGCGGGAUCCCGCCGUGGCCAGGCAUAUUUUUCAAGCCUGCCCGGUGUGGAUAUACACUCAGAGUUUAGAAUUGAUAGAGCUAUCCAGUAUAUAUAAAGUUAGUUUAGUUUAGGUUUCCUCCUAUAGUUACACUGGAUCAAUAAGAGAUGAUUCUUACUGAACCCUAGGGAUAACAGUUUAGAACUGCAUGAUAGAGCUAUUCAGUAUAAAUAAAGUUAGCUUGUGAUUUUGUUUGACUUGUCGAUCAGCUUAGUAUUCCCUUGCUAUAGUUGAAUGAUUUCUUAUGAAAUAUUGUAAAUGAGCGUUGUGGAUUGUAAUAAUCUUUGUCAUUUUUUAGACACAAUGAUGAAACAGUUCUACAAAUGUUGUCGGUUAGAAAGGGAAAACGGUUUUUGAGUAAAGUUCUUCGCAUUGUCAGAGAGGCAAGUGGAACUAAAUUGUACUACUUUUUUCUCAUAAGAACUCCGUUUUGAAACGCCAGAACUCCGUUUUCAAAAGCCACAACUCAGUUUUCAAAAGCCAAAACUCAGUUUUCAAAUGCCAGAACUCCGUUUUCUAAAGCCAAAACUCAGUUUUCAAAUGCCAGAACUCCGUUUUGAAAUGCCAGAACUCCGUUUUCAAAAGCCAAAACUCCGUUUUCAAAUGCAAGAACUCCGUUUUAAAAUGCCAGAACUCCGUUUACAAAUGCCAGAACUCCGUUUUCAAAUGCCAAAACUCAGUUUUCAAAUGCCAAAACUCAGUUUUCAAAAGCCAGAACUCCCUUUUCAAAUGCCAAAACUCCGUUUUCAAAAGCCAAAACUCAGUUUUCAAAUGCCAAAACUCAGUUUUCAAAUGCCAAAACUCAGUUUUCAAAUGCCAAAACUCAGUUUUCAAAAGCCAGAACUCCCUUUACAAAUGCCAGAACUCCGUUUUCAAAAGCCAAAACUCAGUUUUCAAAUGCCAAAACUCAGUUUUCAAAUGCCAAAACUCAGUUUUCAAAUGCCAAAAAUCCGUUUUGAAAUGCCAGAACUACCUUUUUAAAAGCCAGAACUCCGUUUUCGAAAGCCAGAACAUUUCUUAUCAAUCCUUCAAAACUUAGAAUUUACCCAUGCAAAAUUUCUACGUUGAGUACUUUGAAACGUUGAUGGUUGUUGUAACCGUUGUGCAUUUUGUAUAACACAGGAUCAGCGUCACGAGAUUGCUCUGGCCGUCACAAGAAACUUACGAAUAUUUACAA